ACAAAUUAGUAGCUAUAAUUCAAAAGAAUGAUGAAUUUUUUGAAGUUGGCGGGAUGAUUUGUAAAGAAAUAGACAUUCCCACUACAAGCAUAAAAACUGCUAAGGAUGAAAAGAAAAAGAUUUAA